GCUACAGCCAAAAGCCUCAGCGAUGCCAGAGCAACGUCCAGCGAGGAGGCAGCAAAUAAACAAAAGUUUAAACACAAGCGAGCGUGCCACGCCCAGCACGCCCAUCAAAGACUAUACCAUGUACCACAGUCGGCCGGCGCUGCAAACACAGCUCAAGGUCAGGCUGCAAUUGGGCGCAGCACGCUGACCUGGCUGCUGCUGCUGCUCUGCAGCGCUGCAGCAGCAGCAGCAGCGACGGACAAGGAGCGCGAGCGUCGUCUGGAGGUUUUCGAGGGCGUGCCCGUGGACCAUCAAAUCGGUUUUAUCGGCGACUUUGACAGCAUUGACAGCGGUCCGCCCUACAUUAUUGUGGCGGAGGCGGGUGUGGAAACGGAUUUGGCCAUCGAUCGCACCACAGGCGAAAUACGCACCAAGCUCAGACUGGACAGAGAAACGCGCGCCAGCUACAGCUUGGUGGCCAUACCGCUGAGUGGACUCAAUGUGCGCGUUGUGGUCACGGUGCGUGAUGAGAACGACAAUGCGCCAAGCUUUGCGCAGUCCUCGAUGCACAUUGAGUUUCCAGAGAAUACGCCGCGCGAGGUGAAGCGCACGCUGCUGCCCGCGCGUGAUCUCGACCUGGAGCCGUACAACACCCAACGCUACAACAUUGUCUCGGGCAAUGUCAACGAUGCGUUUCGCCUGUCACCGCAUCGCGAGCGCGACGGCGUGCUCUAUCUGGAUCUGCAGAUUAGCGGCUUCCUCGAUCGGGAGACAACGCCCGCGUAUAGUUUGCUCAUCGAGGCGCUGGAUGGCGGCAAUCCGCCGCUGCGUGGACUCAUGACUGUCAAUAUAACAAUACAGGAUGUGAAUGACAAUCAGCCCAUCUUCAAUCAGAGUCGCUACUUUGCCACUGUCCCAGAGAACGCUACAGUGGGCAGCAGCGUGCUGCAGGUCUACGCCUCCGAUACGGAUGCAGGCGAGAAUGGACUGGUGGAGUACGCCAUCAAUCGCAGGCAGAGCGACAAGGAGCAAAUGUUUCGCAUUGAUGCGCGCACGGGCGCCGUUUACAUCAACAAGCCGCUGGACUUUGAGACCAAGGAGCUGCAUGAGCUCGUUGUGGUGGCCAAAGAUCAUGGCGAGCAGCCGCUGGAGACAACAGCGUUUCGUCUCCAUACGCGUUCACCGAUGUAAAUGACAAUCAGCCCACCAAUCAAUGUCAUUUUCCUAAGCGACGAUGCGUCGCCCAAGAUCUCAGAGUCAGCGCAGCCGGGUGAGUUUGUUGCGCGCAUCUCGGUGCAUGAUCCGGACUCCAAGACGGAGUAUGCCAAUGUAAAUGUCUCGCUCAAUGGCGGCGACGGACACUUUGCGCUCACCACGCGCGACAAUAGCAUCUACCUGGUCAUAGUCAAUCUGCCGCUGGAUCGCGAGUUCAUCUCCAAUUAUACGCUGGCGUAGUUGGCCACGGACAAGGGCACGCCGCCGCUGCAUGCAGCCAAGUCCAUUUUUCUGCGCGUCACCGAUGUCAACGACAAUGCGCCGGAGUUUGAGCAGCAGAUUUAUCAUGCCAAUGUCAUGGAGGUGGCCGAUCCGGGCAGCUCCGUGCUGCAGCUGCAUGCACGCGAUCGGGAUGAGGGCAAGAACGCUUUGAUCAGCUACUCGCUGGCCGAUACGCCGGAUACGCAUGCACAGUGGUUCCAAAUUGAUGCGCACACUGGGCUCAUUACCACACGUUCGCACAUUGACUGCGAAACGGAGCCGGUGCCGCAGCUUACGGUCAUCGCUCGCGACAAUGGCGAGCCGCAGCUCUCGGCCAGCGCCACGGUGCUGGUGACCAUACACGACGUCAACGACAACGAGCCCAUAUUCGAUCAGAGCUUCUACAACGUGUCCGUGGCGGAGAACGAGCCCGUGGGCAGGUGCAUACUCAAGGUUUCUGCCAGCGAUCCGGACUGCGGCGUCAAUGCCAUGGUCAACUAUACGCUGGGCGAGGGCUUCAAGCAUCUGCUGGAGUUCGAGGUGCGUCCCAGCUCGGGCGAGAUCUGCAUUGCCGGCGAGCUGGACUACGAGCGACGCAGCAGCUACGAAUUCCCAGUGCUGGCCACGGAUCGUGGCGGGCUCAGCACCACGGCCAUGAUCAAGCUGCAGCUGCUGGACGUCAACGAUAAUCGACCCGUGUUCUAUCCAAGGGAAUACAAUGUGAGCUUGCGUGAGGCCAGCCCAAGCACAGCCACAGCCACGCCCAUUGUAGCUGUUGUGGCUACGGAUGCGGAUGCUGGUGACUUUGGCAAGGUCUUCUAUCGCAUUGUGGCCGGCAAUGAGGCGGGCAUCUUUCGCAUUGAGCGCAGCAGCGGUGAAAUCUUCGUAGUGCGUCCCGAUUUGCUCUCCGUGCGCACCCAGCCGCGCCACAUGCUCAACAUCUCGGCCACGGAUGGCGGCGGAUUGCGCACCAGCUCGGAUGCAGUCGUCUUUCUCAGCAUCAUCGAUGCCAUGCAGCGUCCGCCCAUAUUCGAGAAAGCGCGUUACAAUUAUUACGUGAAGGAGGACAUGCCACGCGGUACCGUUGUGGGCACGGUUACAGCCACCAGCAGUGACUCGGCUCAACGCAGCGCAGUGCGCUACUCCAUCUACUCGGGUGAUCCGGAUGGCUACUUUGGCAUUGAGGCCAGCUCUGGCCAAAUACGCAUUGCUCAUCCGCUGGACCAUGAGGCCAAGGCGCAAGUGCUGCUCAAUAUCCAAGCCACCAGUGGUGAGCCGCCAGUUUAUGGACACACGCAGGUGAACAUCGAGGUGGAGGAUGUCAACGACAAUGCGCCGGAGUUCGAGACGCUCAUGGUGCGCAUCUCAGUGCCGGAGAACGCAGAACUGGGCACACCGCUCUUUGCCGCCCACGCUCACGACAAAGACUCGGGACGCAGCGGCCAAGUGAGCUACAGCUUAAGCUCUGCCUCGCGCUAUAGCAACGCCACCCAGUCCCAGUCCAUGCUCUUUGCUAUCGAUGCACGCUCUGGUCAUCUGGUGCUAUCACGACAUCUGGACUACGAGACGGCGCAACGUCAUACGCUCAUUGUAACCGCCACUGAUGCGGGCGUGCCGCCGCUCUCCGCCGAUCUCACCAUACUCGUCGAUGUCCAGGACGUCAAUGACAAUCCGCCCGUCUUCGAGCGCGACGAAUAUGCCGUCAAUGUGUCCGAGUCAAAGGCCAUUAAUGCGCAGAUUAUCCAAGUGAAUGCCAGCGAUCUGGACACGGGCAAUAAUGCGCGCAUUACCUAUCGCAUUGCCGAUGCGCCGACUGGACUAACGAAUCAAGUGGACGCGGACAUUGCCCAGCACUUUGGCAUCUUUCCCAACUCGGGCUGGAUUUAUCUGCGCGCUGCGCUGGAUCGCGAGAGUCGCGAUCGCUACGAGCUCACGGUCCUGGCCACGGACAAUGGCACGCCGGCGGCGCAUGCACGCGCGCGUGUGCUCAUUGGCGUGCUCGAUGCCAAUGACAAUGAUCCGAAGUUUCAGCGCGAGCGCUAUGAAUUCAAAAUCGAGGAGAACCAGCGACGUGGCGCCGCCGUGGGCGUGGUCAAGGCCAGCGAUCUGGACAUAGGCGAGAAUGCAGCCAUACGCUAUAGCCUGCUGCCGAUCAAUUCCAGCUUCCAGGUGCAUCCUGUCACAGGCGAGAUAACCACACGUGAGCCGCUGGAUCGGGAGCUGCGUGAGACGUACGAUUUGAUAUUGGAGGCGCGAGAUCAGGGCACGCCCAUGAGAAGCGCUCGAGUGGCUGUGCGCGUGCAUGUGACGGAUGUGAAUGACAAUGCGCCGGAGAUUGCGGAUCCGCAGGAGGCGGUGGUGAGCGUGAGGGAGGAGCAGCCGCCUGGCAGCGAAGUGGUGCGCAUACGCGCCGUGGAUCGCGAUUAUGGACAGAAUGCAUCCAUCAGCUACUCACUGCUGAAGGGUCAUGACUCGGAUGGGCACGGACUGUUCAGCAUUGAUGCCAGCUCGGGCGUGAUACGUACGCGGGUCGUGCUGGACCAUGAGGAGGGCAGCAUCUACAAACUGGUGGUGGCUGCCACCGAUGGCGGCAAUCCGCCCAAGCAGACGCUGCGCAAGCUACGCGUCGAGGUGCUCAAUCUGAAUGACAAUCGGCCAACGUUCACCAGCUCCAGCCUGGUCUUCAGGGUACGCGAGGAUGCGGCUGUGGGCCAUGUGCUGGGCUCGAUUAGCGCCAAUGAGCAGCGCGCCGAGUUGCCGCUGCCGCAGCUUAGCUCCAACAGCCUGGACGACCUGAGCAGCGAGCAGCUGUAUGUCACCUAUACGCUCAACUCGCUGAGCAAGGAUCUGAUUGAGGGUGCGUUUGACAUUGAUCGCAAUACGGGCAACUUGGUGGUGGCUCGCCAGUUGGAUCGCGAGCUGCAGUCGGAGUUCAAGCUGGAGAUACGCGCGCUGGACACCACAGCGAGCAACAAUCCACAGAGCAGCGCUAUAACCGUAAAGAUCGAGGUGGCGGAUGUGAAUGAUAAUGCGCCACACUGGGCCUUGGAUCCCAUUGAGCUGCAGGUCAGCGAGUCGCUGCAGCUGGGCAGCAUAAUUUACAACUUUACGGCCACGGAUGCGGACACGGGCACCAAUGGCGAGCUGCAGUAUCGUCUGCUGCGCUACUCGCCGCUGCUCAACGAAAGCCAAGAGCAAACGCUGCCCAUGUUCACGCUGGACUCGCUCACGGGCGCGCUCAGUCUGCAAUCCCAGCUCGACUUUGAAGCUGUGCCUGAGUACUUGCUCAUCAUCCAAGCGCUGGAUCAGUCCUCCAACGUCUCGGAGCGUCUGCAAACUUCAGUCACAGUGCGCUUGCGCGUCCAGGACGCCAACGACAAUGCGCCGCAGUUUGUGCUGCCUCAGCCGAGCUCCUCCAAUCAGGCCACAGUCUAUUUGAGCGAUGCCACACGCAUUGGCGAGUUGGUGGCUCAUGUGCUGGCCGUGGACAGCGACGCUGCUGACAAUGGACGCGUUAGCUAUGAAAUCAUCAGCGGCAAUGGCGAGGGUCGCUUUCGCCUGCAGCCCCAAACGGGCAUCAUUGAGCUGGCCCGCAGCUUGCCCAGCGCCUCCGAUCAGUUGGACAAGCAGGUGCGCUUCACUCUGACCAUCAAGGCCACUGAUCACGGCUCACCGGCGCUGCAUGCCAAGCUCAGCUUGCAGCUCAUCCUGCAAGGCAGUCACAAUCAUCCGCCCAGGUUCCUGCAGUCCGUCUAUCAGGCAACCAUUCUGGAAAACGUGCCCAGCGGCAGCUUUGUGCUCAAAGUGGGUGCCAAGGCCUUCCAUGGCGCUGACAACGCCAACCUAAGCUAUGAAAUUCCCGCUGGCGUUGCUGAGAAUCACUUCCAGGUCGAUUGGCAACGCGGCAUUGUCACCACACGCGGUCAGUUCGAUCGGGAGCAGCAGGCGCGCUACACUUUGCCCAUUUAUGUGCGCGAUGCGAAUCGCUUGAGCAGCGCUGCGGCCGAAGCUGCAGUGCGUAAGCAGCGCUCAUCGGAGCAGAGUGCGGAGCAGGCGAGUGGACAGCACUUUGAUGUGGCCACGCUGGUGAUAACCAUUGGUGAUGUUAACGACAAUGCGCCCGAGUUCAGGCAGGGCGUCUGCUAUGGCCUGGCGGUGCCCGAGAACAGCGAGGCGGCGGUCAUACACACGCUGGUGGCCAGCGAUGCGGAUGAGGGCGUCAAUGCGGACAUAGUCUACAGCAUUAUAGGCGGCAAUUUGGGCAACAAGUUCAGCAUAGAUGCGCAUACGGGUGAGCUGACGGCCAGUGCGUUGGAUCGGGAGCAGCACUCGCGUUAUACGCUGCAGCUGCAGGCCUCGGAUCGUGGACAGCCGUUUAGCCAGCAAGGACGCUGCAACAUCAGCGUGUUUGUUGAGGAUCAGAAUGACAAUGCGCCGCGCUUUGAGCUGGCCAAGUAUGUGGCCAGUGUACUGGAAGAUGCCGCCAUCGGCAGCAGCGUGCUGCAGAUCAAGGCCAGCGAUGCGGACCUGGGCGUCAAUGCCAAGCUCAUCUACUCGCUGGCCAACGAGACGCAGUGGCAGUUUGCCAUUGACAGCAGCAGCGGCCUCAUCACCACAGUCGGCAAACUGGAUCGUGAGCUGCAGUCGAGCUACAGCUUCAUGGUGCUUGCCACAGAUGGGGGCAGGUAUCAAGUGCGUUCGGCCAGCGUCUCCGUGCAGCUGAACGUGUUGGACGUGAACGACAACAAGCCCGUGUUUGAGCGUUAUCCGUACAGCGCGCAAGUGCCCGCCUUGAUACAACCCGGACAGACGCUGCUCAAGGUGCAGGCGCAUGAUGCGGAUCAGGGCGUCAAUGGUGAAGUGUUGUAUGCAUUGAAAGCGGACAGCGCCUUGGGUUCGCACGCUACGCGCAGCAAGUUUCGCAUAAAUCCAAACACAGGCGCGCUGAGUGCCACACAGAGUUUGGCCAGCGAGGCGGGCAAGCUGCUGCAGCUGGAGAUUAUAGCGCGGGACAAGGGCAAUCCGCCGCAGAGCAGCGUGGGACUUGUGGAGCUGCUGGUGGGUGGCGAGGCAGCGCAGCAGACGCCGCUGCUGCGUUUCCAGAACGAAACCUAUCGCGUCAAGUUGCGCGAGAAUUCAGCAACGGGCACGCGGCUGCUGCAAGUGGCCGCCGUACGCAGCGAUGGACGCCGGCAGAAGCUGCAGUUCAGCUUUGGCGCUGGCAAUGAUGAGGGCAUCUUUACGCUGGACGCGAGCACAGGUGAAAUACACGUAGCUAAUCCUACACUGCUGGACUAUGAUCGCUUUGCCACGCCCACGCUGUUGCCUUACAGUCGAGCGCGCGCUCUAAGCUAUGAAACCACCACAGUGGAGCCACCGCAGUCCAGCAGCUCCAACAGCUCGCGCAGUCAACGCGCUGCCAACUCUUUUCCCUUGGCUGCCACUCAGCCGCAUGAGCUGCGUCUGGUGCUUGUGGCACGCAGCACGGAGCCGCCUUAUCUCAGCAGCUAUGCCCAACUAUUAGUUGAACUGGAGGAUGAGAACGACAAUGCGCCACAAUUCUCGCAGCGUCAGUUUGUUGCCACCGCCUGGGAGGGCCAGAGCAAAGGCACCUUUGUCGCUCAGGUGCAGGCCUUUGAUGCGGACGAGGAGGCCAAUGCUCGACUGCGCUAUCACAUUGUGGAUGGCAACCAUGACAACGCUUUCGUCAUUGAGCCCGCCUUCAGUGGCAUUGUGCGCACCAAUAUUGUCCUCGAUCGGGAGAUACGCGAUGUCUACAACUUGAAAAUUAUUGCCACGGACGAGGGCGUGCCACAAAUGACGGGCACGGCCACAAUUCGCGUCCUCAUUGUCGAUGUCAAUGACAAUCAGCCCACGUUUCCACCCAACAAUAUUGUCAGCAUUAGUGAAGCCACUGAAGUUGGCGCUGUGAUUAGCACCGUCUCAGCUAACGAUGUGGACACCUAUCCGGCGUUGACCUACCGCCUGGGCAGCGACUCACCCAUUGAAACGGAGAAGCUUGCCAUGUUUGGACUGGAUCGCUAUAGCGGCAAGCUGGUGCUAAAGCAGCGACUCGACUAUGAGCAGCAGCAGGAGUAUCAGCUGGAGGUGAUUGCGUCGGAUGCGGAGCACGAGGCGCACACAACGCUGACGGUGCGCGUGCUGGACGAGAACGACAAUGCGCCUGAGUUUCAGGCACAGGAGCCGCCGGCAUAUUUUGCGCUGCUGCCUGCUGCGUCGGCAGAGGCAGAGGCGCAGGAACUGCAGCUGCUGACAGUGAAUGCAACAGAUGCCGAUGGCGAGGGCGUCAAUGCGCAAGUGAGCUACAGCAUAGAGCCGCCACAUGAAGGAUUCAGCGUGCAGGCGAGCACGGGUGUGGUCUAUGUGAAUACAAGUAGUUUGCCUGCGCUAGGAGCAGCAAGCGGCGGGGAUUACUUUGUGAAUCUAGUGGCGCGUGAUGCGGGCAAGCCACAGCUGAGUGGACGCUCUGUGCUGCGCGUGCAGCAUGAGGACAGUGGCGCCGCACGCUGGACGCAGCUGCUGCAGACGCAGUAUCGCGCACAGAUUGGCGAGGAGGCGCCACUGGGCACUGUGCUGCUGCAGCUGGGCCAGGAGCCGGCGCUGCGUGAGCAGCAAUUGACGCUGGCAGCUGCGGGCAAUGAGGAUGGCGCCUUUGAGCUGCUGGCAAGCAAGGCGCUGGUGCUGGUCAAGCCGCUGGAUCGCGAACGGAAUGAGCUCUACAAGCUGCGGCUGCUGCUGAGCAACAUGCCCAGUGUGGCAGGCAUAACGGUAAUCGUUAGUGUGCUGGAUGCGAAUGACAAUGCGCCGCAGUUCGAUCCCAGCGCCAAGUAUGAGGCAGAGCUAAGUGAGCUGGCGCCGCUACGUUACUCCAUUGCUCAGCUGCAGGCGCUGGAUGCGGAUGAGCCCAACACACGCAAUUCGGAGGUGGUCUAUGAUAUCAGCUCUGGCAAUGAUGAGCACAUGUUCAGCAUUGAUUUGCUCAGCGGCGUGUUGUUCGUUAACAAUCGCCUGGACUACGACAGCGGCGCCACUAGCUAUGAGCUCAUCAUUCGCGCCUGCGACAGUCACCAGACACGCCCACUCUGCAGUCUGCGCGCCUUUCGGCUGUCGCUGCACGACGAGAACGACAAUGCGCCGCAGUUUCCAUUGACCGAGUAUGUGCAUGCGCUGGCGGAGAACGAGCCAGUGGGCAGCUCCAUCUUCCAGGCUCAUGCCAGCGACAAAGAUCGCGGCGCCUUUGGCCAGCUGAACUACAGUCUGGUCGCCUCCGCUGACGAUGCGCAGCGCCUCUUCCGCAUCGACGCUUUGAGCGGUUUGCUCAGCUCCGCUGCUGUCUUUGACUUUGAGCAGCGGCAGCGCUACCAGUUGCAACUCCAAGCCAUGGACAUGGGCGGACGCUACACGCGCGUCCAGCUGCGCGUGCAAAUUGAAUCGCGUGAUGAGUUUACGCCGCAGUUUACGGAGCGCAGCUAUCGCUUUGUGCUGCCUGCGUCGGCUGCGCUGCCGCUGGGCUAUGUGGUGGGCCAAGUGCUGGCCACGGAUGCGGACAGCGGUGCAGAUGGGCGUGUCGUUUACCAGCUGAGCGGAUCGCAUAAUUACUUCAAGGUGAAUCGCAGCAGCGGCGCUGUGCUGCUCAAGCGCAAGCUGGACGACAAUCUAAUGGCGGAUGUGUCGCUGCUGAUCCUUGCCAGCUCCGGCAGACACAACUCGCUGACGAACACAACGCUGGUGGAGAUUGCGCUGGAUCCGCUGGCGCAUCUGAGCACCAAUUUGGCUGCUGUGGGCAGCGCAUCCGGCACGGGCUCCGGUGUCAGCGAUUGGCUCGUGGUGCUGCUGGUGACGCUGCUGCUGAUCCUUUGCGGCGCCGCCGGCAUCUUUCUCUACAUACACAUGCGCAGUCGGCGGCCACGCAAUGCCAUCAAACCGCAGCUGAGCAGCGAUCAGGUGGGCGUCUCGGGCGGCAACUCCAACAGUUAUGUGGAUCCCAGUGCCUUCGAUACGAUGCCUAUGCGUGGCGCUGCUGCUGGCGCUGGCGGCGCUGUAGCCUCCGGGCAGUUUGCGCCGCCCAAGUAUGAUGAGAUUCCACCGUUUGGAGCACAUGCCAGCAGCUCGGGCGCAGCUACCACCUCGGAGCUGUCGGGAUCGGAGCAGUCUGGCUCGAGCGGACGCGGCUCGGCGGAGGAUGAUGGCGAGGACGAGGAAAUACGCAUGAUCAAUGAGGGACCCUUGCGUGCCGGCGUGCCAGGCAGCGACGAUGGACGCAUCAGCGACAUCUCCGUGCAGAACACGCAGCAGUAUCUGGCGCGUCUGGGCAUUGUGGAUCAUGAUCCUAGCGGCAGCGCAGCGGGCGGCGGCGUGGGUGCGGCUAGCAUGAGCAGCUCCAUGGCGCUGCCUACGAUGCAUAUGUUCGAGGAUGAGGCGGCCAGCGCACGCUCCGACAUAACCAAUCUCAUUUAUGCCAAACUCAAUGAUGUUGCCGGCGCCGGCUCGGAACGCGGCAGCAGCGCAGAUGAUGCAGCCACAACGGCGGGCAGCAUUGGCACAGUGAGUCAUGCGCAUGGUCAUGGCUAUGGCGAGGUGGCGGUGCCAGUCCCAGUGCCUGUUGUCGUCGGCGGCAGCAAUGUGGGCGGCUCUUUGAGCUCCAUUGUGCACAGCGAGGAGGAGCUGACGGGCAGCUACAACUGGGACUAUCUGCUGGACUGGGGGCCGCAGUAUCAGCCGCUGGCGCAUGUCUUCUCAGAGAUUGCGCGCUUGAAGGACGACACCAUGUCGGAGCAUAGCGCACAUAGCGCCAAGAGCAAACACUCCUCAGCUCACUCCGGAGCGGGCAGCGUGCUGCUGAAGCCGCCGCAUGCCAACAGCGCUCAUCUACCUCCGCCGCUGCUCACGAAUGUUGCGCCGCGUGCCAUUAACCUGCGUCUGCCGCCGCAUCUGGGACUCGCUGGUCUGCCGCGCUCCCCUAUAGGGCAUGAAGCCAGCGGUGGCUUCAGCACUUCAUCCGCCAUGUCGCCAUCGUUUUCGCCGUCGCUGUCGCCGCUGGCAACGCGCUCGCCUUCGAUUUCACCGCUGGGCGGACCGCCCACGCAUAUGUCGCAUGUCUCGCUGCCGCGCCACGCCCCUCAGCCCAGCCAGCGCGCUAAUGUGGGCACGCGCAUGUGAAUCCCAAUCCCUUACCCAUUCAGUCUGCCCGCUCAGUCCUUGUGUGAUCAACAUUUAGCAUUUAGUUAAUAAUACAUAUUUAUAGUUAGUGCCAGAGACUUGAAUUCGUUUUGGAGUGCAGCAUAGUAUUACCAGCCCCACAGCACCACCCACCACACACACACACACGCACAUAUUAACACACAUACACUGACAACACAAUGGAAUUGCUUCAAAUCGAAAACUUAACUUUGCUAAACUGUUUAAGUUCAAAUUUGCAGCCAAUCCCUCACACUCACAUACAACACACAUUUACACUCAUGCAUAGUUUGUUGUAAAUAUACAUUACGCAUUUAAUUGUAGUAGAAAAAAAGGACCACAAAGCCAACAAAGACUCUCUGAAAUUCGCUGCGGACAACAGAACCAAGCCAGCCAUUAGUUCUAUAACUAGUUGUUAGACUUUAGCUUUAGUUAUAUUUAAAUAUCCAUUCUCACACCCACAUUCCAUUUAAUUUAAGCAUAUUUAAGUUUUACAAAUUGUAUACAGUUAUUUGUAUAUAUAUAUAGCUCAUAUAUAGUCUCUAGUUAUUUACGCGCUGUACAAUAUAAUUUAGCACUUAAUUCUUAGCGAAAGAAAUCAACAAAUA